AUGAAUUUUAGUACCUGGGAUACUCUUCCUAGGCAAGAGUGCCAUGUAGGUCAGGUAUUGUUGGAAGCGAGGCGCAGUGGUAGCAGCUGCUCUCCCGGCUUCGCUGUGUUGCCCAAGGACGACAAGAAGAAGAAGGAUACUGGAAAGUCAGCCAAGAAAGACAAAGACCCAGUGAACAAAUCUGGGGGCAAGGCCAAAAAGAAGAAGUGGUCCAAAGGCAAAGUUCGGGACAAGCUCAAUAACCUAGUCUUGUAUGACAAAGCAACAUAAGACAAACUUAAAGAAGUACCCAACUAUAAGCUUAUAACUCCAGCUGUCGUCCCUGAGAUACUGAAGAUUUGUGGUUCCCUGGCCAGGGCAGCCCUUCAGGAGCUCCUUAGUAAAGGACUUACUAAACUGGUUUCAAAGCACAGAGCUCAAGUAAUUUACACCAGAAAUACCAAGGGUGGAGAUGCUCCAGCUGCUGAUGAAGACACGUGAACAGGUCC